AUGACCACUGAUAACUGGUGGGAGACCUUUAAGAGCGGCGUACUCGGGGUUGCCGCUGAAUACUGUAGAUUCGAACCGGUUGGCAUGCCUCCGGGAGGUCAGAAGAGAACUUCUUGGUGUAUACGAGAGGUACAACUGGCACUUAAAGAGACGGCUGCAUUCAAGAAAUGGCUUGGAAACAAAGAGCCACCUACUCACCUGCGAUAUGUCGAUGCAUGCGAGGCGGCAGCGAAAGCAGUGGCGAAAGGCAACGCUGAUUCCUGGGAGAAGUUCGGUUAG